AGGUUCAUUUAAUUUUUAGCUAAAGUGUAGUUUUCAUUUUUAUUUCAGUGCACUACGAGUCACGUUUACAUAGUUUUCCUUCCAUAGGCUUUAAAGUAAGGGGGCUUUUUCAACAUUACAUUUGACACAUACAUAAGGAGUGUUUGAGCUCAUAUUAUUUAAUACACCUGGGGUAACUUAAAUCCUCAUGAUCCACUUAUGAUGGAUAGGUUUGGUGCUCAACAGUUGAGCCCCUUGAGCAUAUCUCAGUCCACUCUGUGCGUGUGAGAUAUCUUCUUGCAAGUCGUUAGUCCAUCGGCCAGCAGAGCAGCAUGACUUGCAGACUGUACGUCUCCACUACCUGUGCUGCAGCGGAUCAUCAUCAAUCAUAAUAUACAGUGGCUUUUGUUCCUGGUGGGUGUAACCCACAGACUGUAGCGUAGACUCUUGUCUGGUGAAGGGGUGUGCGGCGGUGGGGGGCGUGUGCACGCGUGGGCGGGUACGUACCGACGUCACCACUGGGUCCUUGCUGUCAACGCCAAAAUAAAAACGAGUAAAAAAAACAAAAAACUUUUCAAGUAGACUCAUGACAGCGGGGAAUCGGGGAAAGCCUCUCUUCUCCGGGCUGUAAUGGUUGUUCUGCCACGUUGUGCUGUAGCAGCGGAGGUUGUUUUUCUUCUUCCCUGAGCUCGCACGGGGAAAGCCUGCGGGCUGCCUCCGAUUAGCAGACUUGCUAGCUAACGUCAAGUUGGAAGAAAGUGGAGAAGACACGGGGCGAACCGGGAGCUCAUCCGCCUACACAGACGCAUGCGACGGAUAGCAGGGUCACGGUUUGCUGACAGCAGCAGGAUAGUCCAGCGGACCAAGGUCGGACGAGGAUGGCAGAGCACUUCUCCCGUCCGACCUGUCAGCCGCAGUGAGGAGGCUCCGUGAGCUGCUCCUUCCCAUGGGGCGCUAUGAACCAGCCUGCCAGGUGAGUGAUGGAGACGAGAGAGUUGACCGUGGUAGCUGGUAGCUUUGUGGGUUUCCAGCUUCUCUUCUCAGUGGCCAGCCCGCCGCUCUCCUCCGCCAUUACCCCAGGUUAUGGACGGCUGCCUCCCACCAAGCUCACUGAAUGGAACUCCAGGUUAGUGUCCACAGUGCACGCGUUGAUUGUGGGCUUGUUCUGUUUGUACAUCCUGUGGUACGAUGACGCAGUCAACGCCAACCCUGUCUGGGGUGACCCCAGUCUCGUCAAACUAAAUGUAGCCAUAACCUGUGGUUACCUCCUAUAUGACCUGGUGCUGCUAGCAUGUAAUUGGAGCACUAUGGGGGACAGCUUUUUCGUUUGCCACCACUUGGCGGCGCUCUAUGCUUACGGAUAUGUUUUGACCCGUGGUGUCCUUCCCUACUUUGCCAAUUUCCGUCUCAUUUCUGAGCUAUCCACACCAUUUGUGAACCAAAGGUGGUUCUUCGAGUCAUUAAAGUACCCACGCUCACACCGGUUGGUGGUAUUAAAUGGGGUUGCUAUGGCUGUGGUGUUCUUCCUGGUGCGCAUUGCAGUCAUGCCAUCCUACUGGGCCAGUGUAUUCGCCACUUUUGGCACUCCGGAGUUUGAGCGGCUGGGCUUGGGUGCCCAGGUGGCAUGGAUCACCUCCUGCAUUGCCCUGGAUGUCUUGAACAUUAUUUGGAUGUACAAAAUCACUCGGGGCUGCUACAAGGUCCUGACUGGGAGAGGAGGGCGAAAGGUCAAGGUAGAAGCAGAGGCGUCAUCUUCCUUAGAUAAGAAGCACACAAACAACCAUACAGACUGAGGAGGUGUAGAGCACAGCAUUUGUAGACACAGACAAUAAGCAUGGAGGGAGGCUGGACAACCAGGAACCUUGCUCUUUUAAUAAAGCCUCAGCUUCCCUCUCACCCUCAAUCUCAGCCCCUGAUCUUCUUGAAGUCAGCUAGUGGCCUGGGCUAAGAGUCCUCAGGUUCUCACCCUGGCACAGGACAAGCACCAGCGUUUGCAACCUUUUUCACUGACAGAUUAGUAUCCUGCUGGGUGAUAGCUUUCAGACGACAAGGUAGAGCUCAAAAGAACACUUUUAACUCUGUCUGUUACUCCUGUCACUACCACCAAUCCUCUGUCAUCUCCCCCACAGCCUGCUCUCACACUCAACUUCAGCCAAAGCCCAAUCCUCUGAAGUGCCUGUGGGAGGGGGCGUGAGGGGAAGGGAAAAAAACAGGAAAGCAAUAACAGUAGAGGAGUAUAUCGCCCAUUACAUUACUGCUUAGCCCCCUUCAAAAACAACAAAAAAAACAAUCGCACUCACUUUUGCUCCUGACAAACUCGAGGCUUCUUCAUCAUUCCACACUCGUGGCCUGCAGAGUGACUAAUUCAUCCGUCAGACCCGUACAGUGUUUGUGAAUCUAUAGGGCUCUUGUCUUAAACUCAUCAAACCUCACAAAAAAAGAGACAGGAAAAAAAACACCAUGAAUGCCUCUUCUACAGUAUCACCUGCUGUGGCCUCCUCGUAACAAGUGGCACCUACCUUUAUCACCAGCCAUGCCCCUCCAGCCUCGUUAUCAUUUGGAGUUUCUAUGUAAAACACAGAAUAUGCAUGCAGGAGAGACAGAGACUCACUCUCUUACACCUUUCGCUCCUAACAGGACAGUUUUGCCUUUUCAGUAUUCUUCAUGAUGGCUCUUUUUUUUUAAUUUAACACUUGUCAUUAGCAAUCAAAGGAAUAUCAUUUUCAUUGCAACCCUCUGCCUCACUGGGUAGGGCUCCACAAUUGAGCUCCAGCAUUUUCGUUCUACCUCUCCCCCUGCCUUACAAAAGAGUCUGUCGAUCCCGUCCUCAUGAAUUAAUCAGCUGUUUAUUUUUUUUUCCCUGUUAAAAAAGGAAAAAACUGUUUUUAUCUUUCAAGACUUCAUCUGUGUCAACAUUAAUGGCUCAGAGCGACUUCUCCCUCUGUCUUCAGAGCUUAUCCCAGCCAGUGCAGUGCAGCAGAGCAGCUUUGCUAAACUGCUUCUAAUUGUGUUGUUUAUUGUUUGUUUGUUUGUUUGUUUGUUUUUGUAGUUAGAU